UUUUUCUAUUUAUCAAAACAGAAAUUAUCAGAUGAGGAUUUCCAAAAUUGAGAAUUUGUAUUUCCAUAGUUUCUAAACCAAUGAAAAGAAAAUGGGAAGAAAAAUUGAGGAAGAUUGGAGAACGCGCAUCCCAGUAUGAAAGGAGACCACUGGGCUCAAUUUACAGGCCACGGUUGUCUAAGCCAGAGGACCCAUCCUCUGUGUGGAAGCUAUUUCAUCGGCAAGCUCAAGCUUUUAGCUUUGUCAGAACUUGUAAAGAGGAUGUACAUGUAUUUGCUUUGGAACAUAAAAUGGGAGAUGGACAACGUAUAUAUCUUGUAACGACUUAUUCUCAACUCUGGUAUUACUAUAAGUCCCGGAAAAAUCUCAUGCACUGCUAUGAAGUUAUUCCUGAAAAUGCUGUUUGUAAGCUUUAUUUUGAUUUGGAGUUUAGUAAACUUGCCAAUCCAGGAGCAGAUGGAAAAGAAAUGGUUGCACUGCUAAUUAAGCAUGUUUGCAGAGCCCUUCAAGAAUUAUUCAAUGUUAAUUGUUCGACAGAAGAUGUUCUCAAUUUGGAUUCCAGCACUGAUGAAAAGUUUAGCCGACAUUUAAUAUUUCAGCUCCAUAAUAUUGCAUUUAAAAAUAAUAUCCAUGUCGGUAACUUUGUUAAAAAAAUUUUGCAACCUGUAAUUGAGUUAGAUGACAGUAAAAUUAAUAAGAAGAUACCAGAAGUAACAGGACACAUAUUUUCCUCUUCAAAAACAAUAGUGAAACCAGAAAUCUCUUUUAAAAAUACAUCUGAAGAUAAAAACACUGCAAAAAGCCAGCCCUUAAAUUCAAGCAAGAUAGAAGAUUUAAGCACAUCUGAGCAAAAUGGAGCAGAUCUUUCUUUUUUAAUUGUGAAGAAUAAAGGAGGAGAUGAUCACCUUUUUGUAGAUGUAGGAGUUUAUACAAGAAACAGAAACUUUCGGCUAUACAAAUCAUCUAAAUUGGGAAAAUGUGUGCCUUUGGAAGUAGCUGAAGAUAACAAAUUUUUUCCUAAAUAUUCAAAGAUUGUUUCUGAAGAAAACCAGUAUUUCCUUUCUUCUUUGGUCACCAACAUCAGAUUCUCAGACACUUUAAGAAUCCUUACCUGUGAUGUACCUCUAAGUAAACAAAAAAGGAUUGAAUGUUUUAAUAAUGCUUGUAUCAAAGAAGGUAUCAUUGAAGGCUUCCAAUGUUCACCAUACCCUGAAAUUGAUAACUUUGUUCUUUCUUUGGUGAAUAGAAAUGGCAUUAAAGGAGGAAUUCGGUGUUGGAACUACUUUUUCCCAGAAGAAUUACUUGUUUAUGAUAUUUCUAAAUAUCGCUGGUGUGGAAAUAUUAAAAGAGCCCACAAGAGUAAUAAUAUAAUGAUUCUGGUGGAUCUGAAAAAUGAAGUUUGGUAUCAAAAAUGUCAUGACCCUGUCUGCAGAGCAAAAAACUUCAAAUCUGAUUGUUGCCCAUUGCCACCUGAAGUAUGUCUUUUAUAUCUGUUCAAAGAGGAUGAAGACGACCAUAUCUUAAAUGGAAGUGACACUAAACAACAGUCCUCACAUUCUCAAGAAUUAUCUCCUAGUAUACUGACAAGAGAGGUGCCUUCAGGUGCAGAGUGGGAUAAUGGGAUUGAUGACAGCUGUUUUUUGGAAGCCGUUGAAGAUGCUGAAUUAGUUGAAGCCACAGAGAAGAGUAUGGCCAAUGCCAGCCUCACAGAGGAUGAGAUUCCUGAUGCACUUCUCAUAGAAGUGUUAGAAGAACAGAAAACAAAUUGGAGUGGGAAUAUAAUGUGAUUUCAAAUAGCUAAAAACAAAAUGUUGGUUAAACACAUUGUAAACAAAUGAAUUCACUGUUUGUUGUGGGAUCCAGUCCCAUAUAUGCUCCAUCAUAUUGGUUAUGUCAUUCUGAUCAACCUACUCCUUGGUUAUAAAAUAGGCAACUUUCUGGGACUGUCAGUGCAGAGGAACUACUGACUUCAUCUGAGAAUUAUCUAUUCUGUUGAAUUCACAGGGUUAAUCUGGAACCUUAAAACUGAUCAUUAUAAUACCUAUUAUUGAAUUUUCUUUUUGUACAUUUUCUUAAUGAUUACCAGAAAUUCUAUUAAAUGCUGGUUAUUAUAAUUGGUGCUAUUGUGGGAACCUAUGUACUUGUAUUAGUAUUAUGCACUAGUACAAGUCUAACACUUGUCUAAGUACUUAGCACUUAAGUGCUAUUUCACAUCACAGAUAUCAGAUCUCCAAUAUAUGAAAUAUUGAACAAAAGUCCCAGAUAACCUGUGUAAAAGCAUGCCAACAAUAUGGGUACAGUAGAGUCUGUACAGGCAAGUCAGAAAUCCAGGGCCACAAACUUGAUAACCUUAAUGUUGCUUGAGUCCUGGGCCCACAAAACUUGCAAAAUCAGAUAUCGCCUCCUCAGUUAAUUACAAUGCUCAAGGAUCUGAAGUGCUCUGGAAGCUCUUGGAAACUUUUUUCCCUAAGAAGCAGGGAAAACUGGUCAAGUAUCAUUGAAAUUUCAGAAAUUAGAUGUUUCCCAUACAAAACAGACCUGGCUUUGGUACUGUCUCUCCUAAGAUCUGAGACUGAGCUGGCUUCUUAAACAGCAAUUAAUUAUUAAGCAUUAGAGAUACAAAGACAAGCUAUAUUUGAAGAAAAUCACUUUGGCAGCCAAGGGGAAGAUGAUCUGGAAUCAGGUUGCCCAGCCAGAAGGGUGACAAUUGGGUGAAUAGAGAAGUUGAUUGAUAUGGCAUGUUGAUUGAUAUGUUGGAAAGACAGAAAGGUCAACAGUAUCAAGUCAAGCCUGGAUGAUUAUGAUUCCUCAUGACCUCUUUUUGGGUAUUCUUAGCAAGUAUACUGGAGUUCCAGGUUUGCUCUUUCUUUCAGCUCACUUUACAGAUUGAAUCAAAUUACAUUACAGACUGAAUCAAAUAAGUGACUCUGCCUAGACACAGCUCUAUCCACUGCAUCAUCUAGUGCUCCAGAAUUUGGAGAAAAGAGAAUGAAUUGGUUUGGAUGUAUUGAAUUUCAGAAGUUUAAUAGAUAUCCUCUUCUGAAUGUCUAAGAGAUAUUUGAUGAUGUGAUAUGAGUUCAGGAAAGGAUUGAACUUAGGAUCUGGGAAUCAUUUGUAUAAUAUGAGUUGAUGAUAUUGCCAAGUUAGACAGCAUAGUGGGAAGAACGUCUCACACAAUGGAUACCCAAGAUCUCCUCCCCCCCUUCCCAAUUAUCUGAAGCUUUCAAUAGGCUACAAGCUUUGUCCAUGAUCUGUUUUUCAUCUCAGGCCUACCUCUUAAUAUGGAAAAGGAGCAAUGGAGCUCUUUUUCAUUUUAAAGAACCAUUAAUUUAAAUUCUAAAAUCUAGGCAACUGGACUUCAUUUUGAGUCAUUCUUCACUGGAUAAAUGAAAUGGUCAAACUGUCAACAACCAUUUGAAAAAAUGUUCUAUCACUAGUAAUAAAAAUGCAUUUUCAAAUCAAAAUGAAUUUUCACCUUAAACUAUUGAGGGUGGAAAUUGCAGGAGUUGUGGGAAGAAAACACUUGUGAAAGCUAUGAAAUGUUCCCAAUAAUCAUGCCAGAUUUUGCCCCUGACCAAAAAAAAAGCUACUAACCUGAGCCUUCUCUCUGAUCUAUCCCCAUGACUGUUGUGUGUUUGUAUGUGUGUAUAUACACAAGAAGUUAAUUUAAAGAAAGGCUUUGUUGUGUCCCCCAAAAUUCAUGGGAGUAUUACUUGUUUUAGUAAAUAGUGUGCCCCUUGUAGGCACACUACAAUUGUGAUGUGGAAAUAUUAAGUGAAACCAGGAACAGAGUACACAUGACAAGAAGAACCAAAACAAAACUCAAGUAAUUUUAAUAGCCAAACUUGGUGCCAGAAGAAUUGAGAAACCAAA